AUGUCCGCAGGUUCUACGGAACAGUUGGCUGUUAAAGAUUGUCCAACAUGUCAAAGACGACGUAUCAAGUGUGACCGGGGCCUUCCGAGCUGCCGUAAAUGCGGGAAGCGGAAUUUGCAAUGCCCAGGCUACGGCCUACAGCUCAAAUGGGUCCAUGGCGUCGCCAGCCGCGGUAGUCUGCGGGGCAGAGCAUUUCCCUCCAUCGAUGCUCCUAUCAGAGUAUCAAACUCGCCUCAUCAUUCGUCGGAAGCCUUAACAGAGGCCCGAACUAGCAGCAGCGGCAUAACCGUUCUCGAUCGGUACCGCCAUUCCACGACACGUUUCUCACCAUCGGGACCAUCCCCCGUCUCGGACCUUUGCUUAUCGCAAGCCCGACCACUGCAUGUUUCGCGGUUGCUCUCAUGGUUCAACGACCGAGUCGCCCAUCGACUUGCAUGGGUUCCACAGCAAAAUGCGUGGCGUCGAAUGAUCCUGCCAAUGGCCGAGAGCUCCGAAACAGUCCUUUCUUCCAUUCUCGCCAUCGCCGCCCAUGACCUGGCAUCGGAGUACCCUCCAAAUGACCUGGGGCAUGGAACGUUCCAGCAGAUGUCAAAAAACUACCAAAAUAAAUCUCUUGCCCUUUUGGCUCAAGAGUUGAACAGCCUUUCUACAUCGUCUCCAUCGGCAUUGGAAGCAAGCACAACAUCUGCCUACACCCUUGCGUCUGUGAUUAUUCUCUGCAAUAAUGAGUUUAUGAAACCACAAGGCGCCGGGUGGCGGGUUCAUCUCUCCGCUGCGAGAGAGAUCAUCCUGGCCGCAGGGAACCGACCGAGCCGGCACCACCAGCUGGCCUCCAUCGAGGAGUUUCUCAUGUUAGAAUUCUAUGAGGCUUCAGUGUGGGCUGAUUUGACCACAUUUGAUAAUUACAACAUGACGAUCAAGGCUCCUCCUGCUAGCGGCAAGAACGCGGUCUUCACCGACUUCAUUCAGGUCAUUGACCAGAUCACCCGCCUUGAGCGUCUGAGAUAUUGUUCGGGCACAGUCGAGCAGACUUCAUCAUACGGCCCGAUGCAAGACAUUCAGUCGCAGAUCGAGUCAGCUAGAAACAGCAUGAUGCGUCUCAGUGCAUCCAUCCACUUCUCUUCUGAAGCUGAUCAACAUGGUUUUGAAUUGGUAGUGUGGAUGUACUACCACGCAACUCUCAUUUACAGCUAUCAAGCUUUAUCAGAGGAUGCUACUACUGGUGACCAUGUGCUCAAGUCUCGGGAUGAAAUACUUCGCUAUGUACAAUUUCUCUCCGAGACUCGAGACGGCAUGUUCGCCCAGGAUCUUGUCUGGCCACUUUUCAUGGCAGGGACUGAACUCCGAGAACAUCCUACUGGUCAAAAGAUUAUCCAGGAAUGUUUUGGCAAUGUCAUGCGUAUCAGUCGCACUCUGGACAGAGCGCGUGUUCUCUCGUUCGUUGAGACGUGGUGGAAUGAGCCUGGUACUCAUACAUCUUGGAUUGACAUGGCUCGAAAGCAAUCUCAAUCUACGCAGUAUGACAUUCUCAUUGUAUGA